UGUUAAAUGUUUUUUUGUUGUUUGGUAAAUCGAUACGUGUUCUUUGCCUGAAACCAGAAAGAGAAGAGAGAGAAUCUUAUCUUUUUUAGCAAUAUUUCCUCCCAUUAAAUAAUAAUCGAUUAUGAUCAAUGCUUCGAAUAAUAUUCUAAAUGUUGAUGAUGGUGAUCAACAACAUCACCAUCUGCAUCAACAAAAUCAACAUCAACACCAUCAAUUUGUUCAUUAUCAACGUUUCAAUAAUUUUCAUCAAGAACAAACAUUAUCACCAACGUCAAAUACAUCGCCUGUAUCGUUACAGCCACAACCGCAGCAACAACAAACACCAUCUUUAGCAUCAUCAUCAUCUUCUACGGCAAUUAUUUAUCAUCAUCACCAGCAUCAUAAUCCACAUCAUAAUCAGCAUUUAAUUUUUUCACCUAUUUCGACACAACAAUUGGAACAACAACCACCAUUACAAUCAACAACAAAUGAAACAACAACAACAACAAUAUCAUCUGGUUUACGAUCACCAUCAAAUCCAGAUGAUGAUCAAUUACAUGAAAAUCGUAUUUGUUUUAAUUGUCGUACAACAAUAACACCAUUAUGGCGUCGUUUUGGUCCAAAUCAAUUUCUUUGUAAUGCAUGUGGCCUUUAUCAACGUGUUAAUGGUCAACAUCGACCAUUAGUUCGUAAUGUACGACGUUUAUCAACAACAACACGUCGUGUUGGUCUGAUCUGUGCUAAUUGUGGAACAAAAGCAACAUCAAUGUGGAGACGUAAUUCAUCCGGUGAUUCGGUUUGUAAUGCAUGUGGUUUAUAUUUUCGAUUAAAUGGUAUUAAUCGUCCGGCAACAAUGCGUAAAGAAACAAUACGUACACGAAGACGUCGUACAAUUAAACCAUCAUCAUUAAUGAUGAUGAAUAUUCAUAAUCAUCAUCUUCAUCAUCAUCAUCAACAACAACAACAACAACAGCAACAACAACAAAUGAAUGAUUCAUUAUCAAUGAUGAAUAAUUCAUAUCAAUCAUAUCAUCAUCAUCAAAAUCGCCAACCCUUUACCAUAUCAUCAUCAUCAUCAUCAACAACAGGGGCUACAGCGACUAUUUCAACAGCAUUAUCAAUACCAACGGCAUCCAUAUCGAAUAUUAUUGAAUAUCAACAACAACAACAACAAUCAUCAAGUCUUUCAAACAACAACAACAACAACAACGAUGAUUCAAUAAAAACCGAAAACAAUGGAAAUAAUAAUAAUUUAUCAAUGAUAAUUUCAUCAUCAUCAUCAUCAUCAUCAUCAUUGUUUUCCAAUGAACAAUCAUCAACAAUAAUCAAUAAUAUUGAUGAUUUUAAUUCAGAAACAACAUCAACGGCAGCUACAACCACAGCAACAACCACAACAACAACAACAACAACGUCCACACAACAACAACAGCAAUCAUUGAAUGAUAACGGUGUGAAUAAUAAUAAUAAUCGUUUGAAUGAUACCGGUAUUCCAUAUCAACGACAUGAUGAACAGGAACAAAAUCAACAUCAACAUCAACCACAUUCAUCAAUUAUCAUUGAUGGAUCGUCAACAGCGAUAAUAUCAUCAUCAUCAUCAUCAACAAAACAAAAU